CUUUGAUGUAAGCAGUGUCGGCGAGUCGGGAGCAAGUCUCGUGGUACGAAGCAGUGGAUUUUGCUGUGUUUACAUGCCACAUUUUUUCCUUGAAAGAAGCAACCCAAGCUGGAUGGCAGCAAAUAUUUAACUACUAGUAGCUAGUCCGGCCAAAACGUCAGUCUCCUCAAUACAAGGACCAUUAUUUGACAUAUCCACCUAUCAAGUGUGUUAUAUUGAUGUUAACUUGACUUGUCACGUUUGGCUGGAUUUUCAAACACGCCGCCUCAGAGCACGUGCUUGACGUCACAAAUAUCGAUCGUCUGCUUUCCAGGACGCCUGUCGUCUGCUCGCUCUAGCGUCGCGCGGGACAUACGCUACAGGCAGGUAAAACAAAAUGUCCGACUAUAAAACACUGAAGGAGAGACAACUGCGGAUUGGGGGUUUGUAUGAAGACGACGAUUUCCCCGCUGAUGCGAGAUCGCUGUACUAUAAGGGAGAAGGAUCGCCGUACGUCCAGUGGAAGAGACCGAAGGAAAUCACCAAGGAUGCCAAGUUUAUCGUCCAUGGAGCCAAGUACUAUGACAUGCAGCAGGGGGAACUCGGUAACUGCUGGUUUGUGGCGGGAGCUGUUUCUCUGGCCUGUCACAACCAGAAACUGUUCAACAGAAUCGUGCGCACUGACCAGGACUUUGACAGGGACUACGCAGGGAUAUUCCGGUUCUAUUUCUGGCAGUACGGCGAGUGGCGGGAAGUCGUCAUUGAUGAUCGCCUGCCCACAAGGAGCGGCGAUCUUAUCUAUUGCAGCAAUCAGAAGGAACCAAAUGAAUUUUGGUGUCCGCUCCUUGAGAAGGCUUAUGCCAAGCUGUAUGGCAGUUACGAGGCCAUUGACGGGGGCCGGAUCCACGAUGCCCUGGUGGACAUGACGGGUGGUAUAUCGGAGCUGAUCGACCUCACUGAAACCCACCCUCCCCGGGACGCUCUGGCACGAGCCCUGCAGGAUUGCAGCAACAUGAACACCUUGAUUGGAGGGGCCAUAUUUAGAAGAAUUAAUUCUUUCCGUCGUGAGACCCGACGUGACAACGGUUUGUAUGAAGGCCACGCCUACAGCCUCACUGACAUAGUCACAGUGGAAGUGCAGGGGAAGGAGGUGUUGUUGUUGCGCCUGCGCAAUCCUUGGGGUAAGGGCGAGUGGAACGGUGCUUGGUCGGACGGCGACGUGAACUGGAAACUGAUGAGUUCCAGGAACAGGUCGAAGAUCGAUUACCACAAGAAGGCAGACGGGGAGUUCUGGAUGAGUAUUGAAGAUUUUCUGAAGAACUUUGACGAAAUCGAGAUGUGCCACCUUUACCCUGACGCCCUGACUCAGGAGAUCGCAGUGGACACGAAGAAGAAGCAGUGGGAGGUGAAGGAGUUUCACGGCGCCUGGAUCCGAGGCGUCACCGCUGGUGGGCCCAUGAGCAGCUUCACGUCAAGGUUGUUCUGGAAGAACCCCCAGUACAAGCUGAAGCUGGACAAGAUGGACACCAAGGCCAGCGUCGUCAUAUCCCUAAUGGAGGUCGACAACAAACUGCUCAGGGACGUGACUGACGUCGCUAUAGGAUUUGUCAUUUUCAAGCUGCAAGAAGGGAGACAACCCAACCGGCUAUCUGGUCAGAACUUCUACGAGUACACUCCGCGGUUGGAGGAGACGUCAGGCAAAUUCUGGCCUUACCGUGAGCGGACCAUGCGGUUUGAGCUGGAGCCUGGAACGUACGUCAUCGUCCCGUCUACCUUUAAGGCAUCUAGUGAAGCCAAGUUCUAUCUCCGCAUCAUGGCGGAAGUUGCGCCGAACGCUAGUCCCAUAGAAGAGCCUACUGGUCCAAUUGGCGAUGACCACGAUCUGACGACAGACGCACUGGAAACGUCCUUCAAGAAAAACGCCGGAUCAGACGGGAAAGUGGAUGCAGUUUCACUGAGGAACAUCUUUAGUGACACAAAAAAAGAAGAGUAUGGAGCCAGUGACGGCUACAGCCUCGAGACAUGUCGCUGCCUCGUCGCUUUGCACGAUGUUCCAAUUGAAGGGUUGUUAGAUCUUACGAAAGUGAAAAAAGCCUGGGACACUGUCAAAUUAUGGACGAGAGCCUUUAAGUCCUUUGAUUUGGAUAGCACAAAGUCAAUAGACUCAUAUGAAUUGGGAGAACUUUACAAGAAAGUCGGCUUCGCUGUGCGGUCUGAGGUGCUGAAGGCAGUGGUGCGGAGAUACGGAGGGCGAGAUGGUGUCAUCAAGGAGGAUGACUUCAUCCAGAGCCUCUGUAAAAUCAUGACACUAUACUAUACCUUCAAGGCAAAUGCGUACGAUCAGAAAGUGACAAUGGACUUAAACCAGUGGCUGAAGUGCACACUGUACACCUAGCUUCAACCCCUGGCAGUUCUCACUCGGGUACUCACGGCCGUCAAGAUGUGCUAUGUGACUUUUAGAUGCAUAGUGUGUGUUCUCUUGUUAAUGUUAAUUACAUAUUUCAUAACUCAUUUCAUUUUCAUUUCACUAGUGUGAAUACCAACAUUAAUUCUGCUAGAUUUCUCAGUAUUCCUUCCAUCUAAAUGAUGUAUUUUAUUCUUUCUUGCUAGCAAUAUAUCACGCUUGUAUUCCGUUCCUUAUACAGAGACCAAAGUUGUGCCUAUUAACGGCGUUGUGAUCAACAGGAAAGAUCCACUGGCCUCCUUGUCUAACAUUGCUGAACAUGAACUAAUCUUUUUUUAUUUCUGAUCAUUGAUGUGAUAGGAAAUCACUACAUACUAUAAAACAAGUAUGGCUUUAUAAAAUGAAAUUUUUUUAACGCUUCCAAACGAUAGGUUUUGCCAUAUAGUAACUAAUUACAUUAGAUAUUGGAGUUUUAGAGACGUGUAUUAACAACAAAGUCUAGACCUUAACUGGAAAUAUUCACUGCACCGUGGCGCCCAAAUGGAUUACCAAGCACACAUUCUGUCUCUGGAUGCAUAGCCACUAUAUCCUAUAACCAUUCCAGGUGUUUUUGUUUGUCCUGUGAAGCAAUGUGAUCACAUCCAGCAUACAUCUCCUUAUAUGCCGAGACCCUGCAUGAUCUGAUUUCAGAGUAUCAAUGAUGCAUGCUUCAUUUAAAUGCAUAUCAGUAUGAGUGUGUUCAAGUGUGUGGUUUCACUAUAUGCCAUUAUAUAUGUCACUUUUUAUCCUUCCUUAUAUACUCAACGAUAUAGUACUAUUGAAUAAUAAUGAAUAAUACAUUGGAUUACUUUAAUUUACGUUAUAUAUUUAUCGUCCAUCUUUUUGGCCCUGCAUAAUAUCAUCAUCUUUUUGUUCAGCAGAAAGUAUAUUUUCCUGAGACAUGUGUAUAAAGCAAUAAACGGUUUCACAAGUUAUUGAACCUCAAAUUAACGAACAAAUGUAACUUGCUGCAACAACAUAUGCACAAAGAAUAUUGUAUAUUCGUGUGUUUACAGAAAGUCGUGCAGUAACAGUAGUGAUGUUAUAUUUCUAGUGUCGUGUCAGAACCUGUAGUAUGAGUUAAUACAGUAUUGACUUACGUCGCGUCGAAAGAGAUAAAGACGUUGAAAUCCAAGUCACCUCGGUCUUCAAAAAUCGUGAUAUUUUUUGUUUUGUAUAUAUGUUUUGAAAAAUGAUCCUGUAUUUUCUAAACAAAAUAAAUUAUAUUUUCUUCAAAA